GGGGGAUAUCUGAGACGAGAUGUCAAAUCGUUGGUUUAAUUCAAAAUCGUGUCGUCCAAUAGUCGAGCAGCUUUGGCGCGGGCUCUUCUUGAACGCACCAAUCAGCGGUGUCUCGCCCAAAUAAAAACAGUCAGCCGUCGUGGUGGCUUCCCAUUAUCGUUUGUUGAACUGAAAGGAUGGCAAGAACCAAGCAGACAGCACGUAAAUCCACCGGCGGUAAAGCCCCCAGGAAGCAGCUGGCUACCAAGGCUGCGCGUAAAAGCGCCCCUGCAACCGGCGGCGUCAAGAAACCUCAUCGCUACAGGCCCGGCACCGUGGCUCUCCGCGAGAUCCGCCGUUACCAGAAGUCCACCGAACUCCUCAUUCGCAAGCUCCCCUUCCAGCGUUUAGUCAGGGAGAUCGCUCAGGACUUCAAAACCGAUCUGCGCUUCCAAAGCUCCGCAGUCAUGGCGCUGCAAGAGUCAAGCGAGGCGUACCUGGUUGGAUUGUUCGAGGACACCAAUUUGUGUGCCAUCCACGCCAAGAGGGUCACCAUCAUGCCCAAAGACAUCCAGUUGGCACGUCGCAUCCGCGGGGAAAGAGCUUAAGCUCCCACCCUACGACCUCAACGGCUCUUUUGAGAGCCACCACUUUCUAACUUAAGGGCUUAUUCCAACAUUUGUGACAUUAACUUAUUGAUGCGUCAAGGCACUCAUUUUCGCCGAACACUCACUACAUUAAUUGCAAUGCUAAUUAAAUUAGAUUUAUUCUGUCUCGUUGGCUUUUUAUUUUUUUGGACUUCAUAGGAACGUUUGCAUGAACACUGACGUUACCUUCUAGUUCCAUCAGACCGAAAAUUACAAACACGGAAGAGCGGCUGAACUGUAAGUUUAUGCUGAUUGGACAACAGUUUCCUCGCACAUUCCGACCAAUCACUGAGGAGAAAGAAAGUAGGGAGGAAAGCAGAUGGAUAGAAAGGAUGUAAAAUUGCGAGUUUCUAAUCGAACCAAUCACCAUCAGAAAUGACCAACAUCUCGCGAGACCUGAAUCAUGGAAAUCCGUAUUGUCUAAUUAGUUUCAGGUGUUCUUCCUCUGUUCUGUCCACAAACAAAUAAACAUAAAUGAAAGUUUUCGACACAGCGGAAAAGGUCAAUGUGUGAAAUUUAAUAAAGGAGCAAGGCCCCUCAUGCUCCCUGGCUCAUGAAAAGAAGUUUGGCCGACUGUGCCAUCAUUAUUAACGCUUGAAAGCACACCACAUUGAGAGCACGAAGACGGACCCCGACCUCCCUAGAAGACAAGACCUCGGCAACAGGCGACAACGACAUUGACGAGUCCAAAGAAAGGAUGUCACUCGCACCCUCCUUCCGGGCAAAAAUGUCACCUGUUGCCGCCACCAGCUUUCAGCGAGGCC